UCCCUGUGAGCAGAGAACAGGAGAGGAAUGAGCAGCAUUCACCUAAAAAGUGUUUCAUGUUCUGUCCCUUUGACCCAGCCGGAUCGCAUCCUGGCAGCUCUGAAGAGAUAUGUGAAGGCAGAACAGAAAGAUCAGCGCCACACUCUCCGCCAUUACCAACACGUGGCUGCUGCCGAUCCUGAGAAGGCUGAACAAAUGAAGUUCCAGGUGUACACACAUCUCCAUGUCAUCGAAGAACGGAUGAAUCAGAGUCUGGCUUUGCUCUACAAGAACCCCCAGCUUGCUCAGGAGCUUCGAGGAGACAUUGGUAU